GCGGCCGUCCCCUGCCCCGUCGCCCGCCUCCCCGCUAUACAUACCCCCCACCCCACCACCCCAACCCUACCGCUCACCCCCGCCUCCUCCACCGUCUCUGCCACCGCCGCGCCACCGGACCUCCGCCGCUGCCCCGUCCCCCCCGUCCCGGUAGAAAAUGGCUGACGCCGAGGACAUCCAGCCCCUCGUCUGCGACAAUGGUACCGGUAUGGUCAAGGCUGGGUUCGCUGGAGAUGAUGCUCCCAGGGCCGUCUUCCCCAGUAUCGUGGGUCGCCCACGCCACACCGGUGUCAUGGUCGGGAUGGGGCAGAAGGACGCCUACGUUGGUGACGAGGCGCAGUCCAAGAGGGGUAUCUUGACUCUCAAGUACCCCAUUGAGCACGGUAUCGUCAGCAACUGGGACGACAUGGAGAAGAUCUGGCAUCACACCUUCUACAACGAGCUCCGUGUCGCCCCAGAGGAGCACCCUGUCCUUCUCACUGAGGCGCCGCUCAACCCCAAGGCCAAUCGUGAGAAGAUGACACAGAUCAUGUUCGAGACCUUCAACACUCCUGCUAUGUACGUCGCCAUCCAGGCCGUCCUCUCGCUGUACGCCAGUGGUCGUACCACAGGUAUCGUGCUGGACUCUGGAGAUGGUGUCAGCCACACUGUCCCCAUCUACGAAGGAUAUGCUCUCCCCCAUGCUAUCCUUCGUCUCGACUUGGCUGGGCGUGAUCUCACCGAUUACCUCAUGAAGAUCCUGACUGAGCGUGGUUACUCAUUCACCACCACUGCUGAGCGGGAAAUUGUGAGGGACGUGAAGGAGAAGCUGUCCUACAUUGCCCUGGACUACGACCAGGAAAUGGAGACUUCCAAGACCAGCUCUUCUGUGGAGAAGAGCUACGAGCUUCCUGAUGGGCAGGUUAUCACCAUUGGUUCUGAGCGUUUCCGUUGCCCUGAGGUCCUCUUCCAGCCAUCCUUCAUUGGGAUGGAAGCUGCAGGUAUUCAUGAGACUACCUACAACUCCAUCAUGAAGUGCGACGUGGAUAUUAGGAAGGAUCUGUACGGCAACAUUGUUCUUAGUGGUGGUACCACUAUGUUCACUGGAAUCGCUGAUAGGAUGAGCAAGGAGAUCACUGCCUUGGCUCCUAGCAGCAUGAAGAUUAAGGUUGUUGCUCCUCCUGAAAGGAAGUACAGUGUCUGGAUCGGAGGAUCCAUCUUGGCAUCUCUCAGCACCUUCCAGCAGAUGUGGAUUGCAAAGGCUGAGUACGACGAGUCUGGCCCAUCCAUUGUGCACAGGAAAUGCUUCUAAUUCUUCGGACCCAAGAAAGAAAGCCAAGAGGAGCCUUUAUCGCGACCCUCCUGCUUCGUCUCUCUAUUUUGUUGCUGUUUCUUUGUUAGCGUGGACAAAGUUUUCGGCUGGCCUAUCGGUUACCGUUUUCUCCUAUUCAAAGACUGUAAUAUCUAUUCCUACUUGUGCUUCUCACUUGUGAUUUUGGACACAUAUGUUCGGUUUAUUCAAUCAAAUUUAAUCAGAUGCCUGGUGAGGCUACUAGAGAAA